GAUUUAUUAGCUGCCCUGAGGUCACCACCAGAAAAUGGUGAUGUGGAAGAGCAUAAGGAAGAUGAGCAGACUGUGGAGAUAGUUGAGGAGGACUACCCAAAUCCACCAACUCCAGAAAUGCCUGAAUGGGAGGACUUUGACGAAGAAGAUGAUGUUAUAGAUCUCAGAGCUAACGAUAUUCUUGGUGGCGUUUAUAUGUUUGAUCUACUCCAAAUGCCACCUCAGCCAAAGACUAUUGGAUCUUGGAUUAUAACACAAUUGAUUGAUCCUCCUGAAAUCAGCUUUCUGGACUAUGUAGCUGACUCACAUGCUGGUGACAAUAACAAGGAUAACAAGGAUAACAAAGAUGCAAAGAAGGAUGAGAAACCUCCAAUUCCUGUCAAUAUGGUCCUUCCAGAAGAUGUUAUCUUUCUUGAGCAGCCACAAGUUGCCCGUUGGGAUUACACAAGAAAGUUCUGGACUACAAGGGGAUUCUCAGACCUUUCCUUUGAUGAAGAUGCCAGGACAUUUGGAUUUAAAACAGCAGAGUUUGGAACAUUUUGUUUGCUUCAGGACAGUUACAUUAACAUGCCCUUCCAGUCGUGGGAGAUGAGACCACGCAAAAUAAACAGUGCUGUUCUUUCAAUCACGGCUGCCAUUGUUGAAGUCCAGAUUGAGAUCAGAGAUGCUCUGUGUUGUCUUACUGAACCACAGGACAGACCCGAACUAAAGUCUAUCAGAGGUAGAUGGGUCACUCCAGCUGAACUGAUUCUGAACAUGAAAAAGGCGGGAAUCAAUAUAUUUCCUAAUGAGGAUUCAUCACGAUUUGUCAGUAUCCAGAAUAAGCAUCCUCUAGCGGAAGACAGAGUCUACCAGCAGAUGGCGCUGACUGCUUCCUCAAUGGCCUAUGCCUGGUCAAAAUGGAAUGGCGAAAGAGGAAGAGAUGAGAUUGUUUUCCAAGCAGCUGAGUCCAUGGAUGAUGGGCCAUUGAUGGAAGAAGAGUGGUCUGUGUUUCUGGCUACCAAACGCCACGCGAAGAAACUGAAAAUGACAGAAUUUGAUGAUAACUUUAGUGAGGAAGGCCCAGAAGAAAUAACAUUUAAAUCCACCUUGUACCAUCUGGUAUCCUGUGUGGCAAGUGAAAAUGCACUGGACAGGAUCAAGGACACCAAUUUUCAGUUUGUGGACUGUGUGUACCAGCUCCUAACAGCAACAAGACUCCUCACAUAUUCAUAA